AUGGGUUCUCCAGCAGUCAUUAUUGUUGUCAGGCACGGCGCUCGAUUAGAUGCUGCUGACCCGCAGUGGCAUCUUACAUCACCUACUCCUUAUGAUCCCCCUCUUACCUAUGGUGGCUGGAGUCAAUCAAAAUCAUUAGGCGCGCGGAUCGCGAAUCUCCUCCGCAGUCGCGAAAAUGGUGACGAGGCUCUUAAAGGUGUUGAAGCACUUAGCGGCAAAGUGACAGGAAAACGGCGGCACAAUAUCAUCAUACACACUUCUCCUUUUUUGCGUUGUGUUCAAACAUCUAUUGCUAUCAGCGCAGGUCUAGCUCAAAGUCAUGGUACCAAUCAGCUUCCGCCAAAAAUCGUCACUCCGUCGCAUAGCAAUAAGCCGAUGCACUCAUCUCCAAUGACACGCCUUCCAGCUACCGGUUCGACAGCUCUUCUACCAAUUCCAGAGCCUUCAAGCUCGUGGUGUAGGGACAAAAUAAUAGAACAGCCUCAGAAAAUCAAGAGGGCCACACUCCGAGUUGAUGCGUUCCUAGGAGAGUGGUUAUCUCCGGACUAUUUCGAUCAAAUUACGCCACCCCCUGGCUCAGUUAUGAUGGUUACCAGUGCAAAAGCUGACCUUCUUAGAAGAGAGGACUAUAGCAAUCUAGUUCAGACCAAAGACUAUCGAUCGAACCAGCCUUUUCCUGGCGGAUGGGGGUGUUCUGACACUUCAAAUGAUAUGAUUCGAGAUAAACAAAAGGAUGAAGGACCACUCUCCAAUCUAUCGACGAUUGCUGCGGCGCUACCCAGAAGGGACCGAACUUUCAGCCUUUGUAGUAGUGGUAGCCAUGGGAAUCGCCAUCGUGGUACUGACCUUCAAGGACAACCACCUGGCUCUCAAGACGCCAAUGGAGUCUAUCAGCCGCCAGUACCGAGUUACGCUGUUUCCGGCUCAGAUCCCAUUCCUCCUGGAUACGUGUCACAUGCUCGAGAUGCAUGUAUAAAUGUAGAUUAUCAAUGGGAUAGUAUGAGAGAGCCGCAUAAUUGGGGUAAUGGUGGUGAAUAUGGUGAAGAGUGGAGCUCUAUGCACAAAAGAUUUAGAUCCGGACUUCAAAACUUAAUAGAGUGGUACCAGAAGAGCGACGAGGCAGGCAAAAAUUCAACAAGGUGUCGAUCUAAUUCUCUGCGCACUUUUAGUCCCGAAAUAGAAUCUGCUGCCGAAGACACAGACCUGGUUAUCAUAUUGGUUACACAUGGAGCUGGCUGCAAUGCUCUAAUAGGGGCUUUGACUAAUCAACCAGUUUUACUUGACGUCGGUAUGGCUUCUUUAACUAUGGCUACUCGAAAACCCGUAGAGAGCCCUCCAUCCACAGGAAAAAUAAAUACACGAUCAUCCUCUACUUCUAGGAAUUCUCCAAUCUCUAGUCGGUAUGAGGUAAAAUUAGUCGCUAGCAAUGAACAUUUACGAAGCAGUGCCUCUUCAACACCAUCAUCUUCAAGGGCCCCGUCAGUGACGGGAGCUUCAAGUAUACGAGACCGAAUGACCAACUCAGCAUCACUAGAUAUGCCACAUCUUUGCAGAUCACGACCACAAAAUAGCUGUCUCGGCAGUAUCCGCCGCACAGCAAGUGUAACUACUGGCCAUGCGGCGCGAUCUUACACUCCACACCCACUCAGCUCUGUUGGACUUUGGACUGCACCAAGACCACGUGAAGAGACCGAGGAAGACGAGAUGAUUUUGAACUUUGGUACUGAGAGUACGAGCACCAAUUUGAACUCAAAACUGGAAAAGAAGAACCAGCUACCAUCGGAGAAGGACAAAUCACGAGACUCUCCUGCAAGCCUAAAUUUUGCAACGGAUGGAUCGCCACGGGGUCUAUGGGGGCCGCAUGCUUCUCCUAGUUUAUCAGAUAAAAUGCUAGAUAACGGACAAAAGAGAAGAUGGACCGUAGAUGACCAUGAGAGCAUGCUUGGAUUAGGGCGAUCAGCCGGGUGA